CUGCCUCACCAAUCAAUAUGACAAGGGGAAGGGGGAGUAGUGGAAUAGUAUAUGAAGCAACAAAGGGUUGUCAUGGCAACUAAAAUACUUCAUCUACCCUAUGUUCUCAGGGUUGUGUUGAAAACAUCAAUACUGAAUCUGUUGAAUCAACAACAAUGAAGAUAUCUCGUACGACGUACCUACAUCUCAACAUGCUCUUGUUCCUGGCAUGUUUGCCUACAACUUCUUUGUCACAAUCCGCAACAUGUAAUGGGAAGAGUACAUUUAUUAAUUUGUGUGGAUAUUGUGUUGGAGGUUCAACAAAUUUGGAUGAUUCAGAGGGCCUGGAUAAAUGUGGCGUUUGUUAUGGCCACAACAAGUGUGUGAACUGUGAUGCUACUACUGCAGCUUCCUCUUUGGAUAAGGGUUGUGAACCAACUAUAUUCCCUCAGACUUAUGACCUAGCAUUGAAUGAAAAGGAUUUGAAGUUGUAUCUCAAGAACAGCAGUUUGCAAGACAAUAUUCAAAAUAUUGUAUGCUCAUUAUGGCUCUUAAAUGAUAUAGCACCUGCCUCUCAUGCAACUAAUGAGAGUGAAAUAAGAAUUCAGUCAGGGCAGGAUUUUAUGAUCUUGACAGUCAAUCCUUCUAUUUUAGUAAUUGGACUUUACACUGUCUCAUGCAUUGAGCGCACAUCCAGAAAUCCAUUACUCAACAAAACUCUUCAAGUUGUAGAUAGCAGGACAUUCAAAAUUACCUCUGUGAACCCUUCUGUAGUGCAAUCAAACAUUCCAUUCAAGGCACAGGUGAAUGUCACUAUCCCACUUGACAUGAGCUCUAAAGUGUUUUGUUUUCUGAAAUCCAACAAUAUUGUCGAGCAAGUUGUGGGCUCAAAAAUAAUUUCUCCUGGAUUUAUUGACUGUAGCCCUAUGACUGCUCACCAAAAAUCUGCUUCUUUUAUUGGAGUAGCUGGAACAGUGGAGGCAGCUCUUUCUGAUUCUGCAAUUUUAAAUACGAAAGAGUUGGUUAUUCAUCCAACUAAGCCUAUACUUAAAAGUUCCAAGUUUUCUUCCGAUUUGCGCCUUAUAUUCUUGCAGUUUGAUCAGAACAUCAAUGCAUCUGGUGACUGCAAAAAAGCAUUUUCUCCAGAAACCAUCAGCUUAUUUGGAAAAGGAUGGUUGUGCUGGAUCCGCACAGACCAACUAAUUAUUCAACUUGGAUCGGAUCCUGCCAUUCAUCCAGGAUCUCGCAUCUUACUCUCUAUGCAAAGCAACAGUUUAAAGACUCAUUUGAACAUUCCCUUUGAUGAUAAUGAUGGAAGCUCGCAAGUAUACACUUCUAUUGUAGAUGAUGUAACUAAUCAGGUGGUCGAACCAGUAUAUAAUGUACUAGCACCACAUGUUGCAUGUCAUGGUGUUCGGCACACUGGAUUACAGUCGUCAAUUUAUGCCAGAAAGCAAAGGGAUGAUACAAAAGAAGCCAUGAUUGAUGAAAAUAGUGUAACUAUUUUAGAGGUUCAGCAAUUAGGUGGCCAGAACCUUUUAUACAACUGGACUGUAAGUCUCAGUCCACUUAAUAAUAAACAUUUAUCCCAACGAGAUAUAUUAAUGACUUGGCUAAGUGUACGUUUGCUUAAUAAAUCUGUGAAGCAGGUUACUUCAAACAGAGUCAGCUUAAACAAUAGUUUGAUGCUCAGCAAUGUGGAUUACACAGUAACAGUUAAAGGGACAAAUGCUCUUGGUAUGAGCGGGGAAGAAAAACAGAUGCCCAUAAGAUUGCUGGACAAGAAACCACUUGCACCUGAGCAUCGUACUCUGGAUUCAGGGGCCAUAAAUGUCUGUACAUCAGGCAACCCUUUAGAUGUAAUGAUUUCUAGUUCACCAGCAACUUACUCUGAUGUGAAUUUUCGAGUUGAACUUUAUCCAUCAUGUUGUGAUGGAAAAAUGAACUUUGAAAUUCUGGGGCAGAUAAAAUAUGCGUGGUCUGUGAAAUCAUACAAUGGCUCAAUUGUAUAUCAACGAUUGAACCAAGUCAAAACUUUCAAUGUACCCUCUGGAACAUUCUCUGGUGGAGAAAGGUACAUAAUUUCUUGUGAGCUUUACCAUAAAACAACGAACAGAUCUCUAGGGCUUGCCAGCACCUCUGUUGUUAUUUUAGAGCGAGGACUUAAGACCUACGUCAAUGUCACUGGUGUAGGAAUAAGCACAGAACAGCCUCUUAUACUUGAUGCAUCAGCAAGUAUUGAUUUUGAUAAUAAGGAAGGAAGGUUGGAGUUUGAUUGGAGUUGUCGAAUGUUGAACAGUGAGCUUGGAUAUGGUGACAGUCAGUGUUACUUACCAAACAGAAAAAGAUCACUGUUACAUAAAAUUUAUUCAAAAGAGUUUAAAAUGCGGACUCUUUAUCUACCUCCUGGAUCUCUUCCAAUUGGACAGUACCAAUUUAGUGUUACUGUGUCAAGAAUUUCUAAGAAGCAUAAAAAAAUAAGUGAUAUGGGAACUGUUACUGUUUCAAUUUUGAUGGGGGCACCUCCUCUGGUGUUUAUUCCUGUCAAAAAUUCAAAAAAUAGUGAAAACCCUUCUACUCGUGUAAUCAAUCCAGAUGAUGGCUUCACACUUACUGGUAUGGUUUUAGGAAUAAGAUCUGGGUGCCACAUAUUCUGGGCAGGAAUUGAUUGGCCUGGAUAUGUUACACCGAAUCAAAGCUUUCUUCAUCAUGAACCAUAUACUGCAGCUGUGGAUCAAGAAAAUCCCAGAGAAUUUUCUGCUGAGGUUUCUCCAGGACUGCUGGGUGAUGCCAAGUAUCGUUUCCGUCUCUCCGCCUUGUGCUCUAAUAAUUUGGGAUAUGUUGACUUCUCUUAUGUGGAUGUAGACAUAACAACAGAUGCUCCUCCAGUUGUCAAACCCUUACUAGUAGAGCCCCUUGAGGGAGAAGCAUUAGUGACAGAAUUUAGAUUCAGCACCAAACCAGCAUAUGAUGAUUUAUUAGAUUACCCUUUACAAUAUUCCUUUGGUUUCCAAAUUGUAGAAGAAAGUGAAACCUUGGGGCCAGCAAAAUAUUUUCACUCUAGUACUCAAAAGCUAUCAGCCACUACUUAUUUACCAGCCACAUCUCUCUCACCCACAAAAAUCCAAACCCUGCUCAGAGUCUGUGAUGUACGUCAAAUAUGUCACACAGUAGAGGGGCCUAAGGUGUCAUCAAAUGCCCCCAAACUGCUGACUUCAGGACAUGUUGAGUUAUUAAGUGAUGGCUUUUCAUCUUUUCUUCUGGCAGAAGAAUAUGAAGAUGCCAUUACGCUUGUUGAGAGUAGUAUGAUUACCCUGGAGGUUCUGGAUGAUAAGUCCUUUUAUCAACUAGCCUCCAAAAAAAUAGAGAAAACAGUGAACAGUCAAUUGGACUUGUUUGAUAAGAGACUGGAUUCAUCUCCUGGGGAGGUCAAUACAGCAUUCCGUUUUUUGAAGGCAGCCAAUGCUGCUCUGAAGCAUGGUUCCUUCUCCCAGGAAACAUUGCAAAGGCUUGUGGCGUUCAAAGAUAAAAUUCUAGGCAUGCUUAGUGAUGGGAGGACCAUAUCCACAGAGACCGACAGUGGCCUGAGGAGAAAACGAGAGAUCCAAACAGAAGGAGAACAGCCCCAAAAUAUUCUUCAACCAGAAAUGGUGCGGACUAUGUUAGGUGUAUCAGAAGUGGCUAUUUUUAAUUUAAGUGAUACUAACAAGGCAUUGAAUGAAAAAAAGAAGUUACUUCAAAACAUUUCUUUUUUUAUGGAGUCCCUUUGCAGAGGCCUUCAUAACUCUGUUCCUCUCUUCAUUGGUUCUAGAGUUGUAAGUUUUAGCGUUCAAAGACUGAACAUGCAAGUCAAGUACAAAGAUGAUCUAGCUAUUCCAGAUUGGAGAUCCUCAAAAUCUGGAGGUAUACCUGUAAAUGCUACUGCCCAGAUUCGACUUGGUGAGGAUGUCCAAGGUUUGCUAAGUGCCAGCAUGGUAUGCAUGGGUGCUGCUUAUUAUCCAAUGGACUUCCUAUCAGAAAUUGGUCAAGUCUCACUUCAAGGUGCUUACAGGCAUAGUGCAGUAUACCAUGUAAAAAUAAUUCAAAAUGUAUCACAAAAAGUAACAGCAUCUGAUUACUAUGAAGGAAUGGAUGUGAAGAAGCAAACUAUCCAAAUUAAAGUACCUAUCUGGAGUGAACAAAUAAAAAGUGGAUUUCAUUUUGAAUGUCGUGUUUGGCUGCGUGGUACAUGGGACGGUCAUUCUUGUAAAUAUGUGAAGCUUGCUACUCUUAUCAAUAAGCCUGCAGUGGAGUGUUAUUGCCACAUCAUUGGAUACUAUGCCGUGUUUGCUGUUGAGUCACCUCCAACAACAGUAACAGCAACAACAACCCCUACCAUUUCCACUAAACCAACCGUCACCAAGAGCCUUGACCCAGUCGCAGACACCACUCUGGUUACCAGUAAACCACCAAUUUCUUCAACAGUGAAGAUAAGUGUUCCGCCAACAGUUGUAUCAACUCAACCGCCCACAACUCCAUUUGUUACAAGUUCUGUUCAAGCAACUCCGUAUUAUGAUAAAGCUUCACCCACAACUCUACCCCCUGGAAUUCCGGUACCCAACACUUCAAAAAAUUUCACAUUUAAAAUUCAAGAGGAGUAUAGCACAACUGUGGGAUCUAGAGAGGGUGCUUUUAUAUCUCAGCUGAAACAUGACAUCUUAAAACAAGUAGAAAUGCCUGCCAACAUGAUUUCUAGUAUUGACUUGUCACCAGGCAGUAUUCUCGUAACUCUGCAUCUGGUUGAUACUGACAUAAGAACUGUCGAUGAUGUACUCCCAAGUCUGGCAGCGGUGCUUCAAGAUGGUCAUUUAUCAGUCAGCGGGAUUGAUGGCAGGCAUCUUUCGGUGCCACCUCAGAGUCUCAAACUUCUGCAACGUCGUUCUGAAAACAGCUUUGUUCCUUGGAUUGUGAUAGGAUGCUCUGGUUUUGGCCUCUUUAGUAUUGGAGCUCUUGUUAUAGCAGUAAUCAUAGUAAAAAGACAGAUGCGAGAUAUGGACUUUACAGAUCAUUCUGGAAGUCCUGAGGUAACCAACAAGACACCAUCCUACGCCCGCUUUCACUUGGAGCAGACUCUGGACGGAUCUGAGGCAACGCUUUCUCGUUACAGGAGUUCUGUGAAUAACCCCCUCGUUGUCAGCACUAUCGGAGGCUUGGCUUCUGUCAUGGGAACAAAUGCUUUAAUUCCACCAGAAAAUCUACCUUCAUCGAUCCGUUUCAAGCUCAACCCCUAUCAUGAGGACAUAAGAAGUAUCCUAUCACUACCUUCCAAAAAUGUCACAAAUUCAAAUAAUAGCAGUGGAAAUAGUAGUGGUGAUGGUGUUAACUCUCACAUCAAGAGUGAAUCACUCGACAAACAACUCUCACUCCCAGAGAAAAAUGCUCUUACUCUUGAAUUUGAACCAGAGGAAGAAGAUUCUGGAAUAGUUGCGAAUGGGAAAGUCACAGCCUGCUUCCUAACCAACAGCCGAAGUCAAACACCAGAAUCAAAUAAUCCACCUGAUGUGCGUAUUCUACCUGGUACACCCACUGGUAAAGGAGAUGAGGGAUUUUCUUUAUCAGAAUGAAAAAUCUGGAGUGAGUUUGUAAUGUGUUAAGUGUUAUUACAAGAUAAAACUAAUGUAUCUAUCCAUCAUAAAA